AAUAGUUCAGCAUGUUGAGAGUUCCGUCUGUUGCCGAGCAACAAGGACACGACUGGGUUUAUUUAUUCCUGCUCUUCCUUUACUGCCUUCUCUUUAGGUAGAAAAAAAAUUAACUUAAGAAAAUUAUAUACACUUAGAAGGCUGGAUAAAAGUCAUGCUUGAUUAACCCUAAGCUGUUGAAAAUAUAGGAGUUUAUAUAGUUGCAAUACUCAUCAGAAAUCAUUUAUAUUAAUCAGAAAAGUAGCAGCAAAGGGCAUGGCUUUGGGGCAGCAGGACAGUCCCGGGAAGGUAAGUGUCUCAGAAAGAUUCAUCCUUUCCGGAACAAAGGCCCUGAACAAUGCAGAUUAUCCACACUGCUGUGACCUCUUAAGAAAAAUCAACAUGCCUUUUGUGAGAGGAGUUGAAGACAGACAUAGCUAUGUCCGAUUUGAGAAUAAAUGCAGCCCUGCCUUUCUUAAAUUUCAUCCUUACCCUCCGUCGGUCCUGCCGAACUACCACCUGCACCACCCCUACCCUCCGCCGUAUGGACCAGCUUACCCGCUGUUUCCACUGCGAGAUGACGUGCCCUCAGGGGACUGCUGCUCCAUGCUCAUGAGUCCUGGUGGCGAUGCUGAUCUGAAGCCUGGCAUUGGCAGAACCAUACCUAACCUGGUUGGUUUCAGUGAUGUGAAGCCUCAACAUCGAGUUCCCACACCAGACAUGGGAUUUCAAACAACCAUAAAAAGGCAUACAGUUCUCUCAGAAGAACUGCAACAGGACACGAGGUGGAAUUCCAGGGACGUCCCGGACAGCUCCAUCAGGGCCCGACUCGGAGGUUGGACAAGCCCAGUGAAAAUUACUCCUUUGCAACCCCUUCAUGAAGGCUGCUCAAUAAACCACUCAUACGCAUUUGAGGAGGAGGCACAGAACACAGAUGCUGAGCCACCUGUUCAACCAAACAGGAAGUGCAGUGCAAAAGACUCAUUCUACAAGUCCUCGACACAAAAAGCUUAUGAAGUUGUUCCUUGGGACAAGAUGCUGCCACCAAAACUGGACCCCAGAGAAACAACCGUGGAAAAGGCUGCGGACCCCAUCUCACAGUGCUUCACCCUCAGGAGAUACAGAAACGCUCCAGCACUAACCCAGAUGGUUGGUGGACUCUGGGACAGAUUUCAAACAAGAUCAUUCUUGGCACCCCUCAAACCAGUCAAUUUCGUGAGUCCAAGUUCUAGAAGUAAAUAUAUCCCUCUGUAUACUGGUCACGUGCAGUCCACAAAUGCUGAUGAUGUGGACAACCCUUUGGGAGACAUCACGUCCCUCGCCAAGCCUCGGCACUCUAAACCUCACUACACCAGCACAGGCCGAGCUGCAAAUAUCCCAGGAUAUACUGGCAAGGUUCAUUUCACAGCCACCCACCCAGCAAAUUCUAAUAUUCCACCAACAACCCCAUCACCAGACUCCCAACUGCACAGUGUCUUACGGAAAGAAAUGAAAGUUGACCUGUUCCGUCACCAGGGACCACUGUCCCAGAUGGUUACAACUGUGAAACCCUACAACCCAUUUAACAGGAAGCAGAAACAAGCCAUAAGCUACUGAAGACUACACAGGCCUCGGGCAGUCCUGGGGAAGGCAUGGUGCAGGACGCAGUGGAGAA